ACAGCUGUUUUCUAGACCAAAAUGUGUUUCUAGUACCCCAUAGACUUAUUUUUUCGAUCUUUUAGAGCCCUGCUGACCGAAUUCGAUUUUGUAGAAACCUUGUAGAAGUAGAAGAUUUAGAAAAACUCGACUGAAAAACAAAUUAAUUUUGAGUGAACCCACUACAAACCGCACCGAUGAAUUUUCUCAGGCAAACAUUCAACGUUACGAAACAAUUGACUACGCAAGUUUUCAAUAACACCUCUCAGCAAAUGAGGGAAAUGGCAUCUUUGUAUCAGAUGCAUCGCACCGGACCCCACGUCAAAAUACGCCCUCCACGUCAACCUUUAGAUGGUAAACCCUUUGCCAAGGGUGUUGUCCUAAAGACACUCAUCAAGAAACCAAAAAAGCCAAAUUCAGCCAAUCGGAAGUGUGUUCUGGUGCGAUUGUCAACUGGAAAGGAAAUGGUAGCGUAUGUCCCCGGCAUUGGUCACAACUUGCAGGAGCAUAACAUCGUUCUGUGUCGCGUGGGUCGAGUUCAAGAUGUACCCGGUGUAAAAUUAAAAUGUGUCCGUGGAGUGUACGAUUUGAAUCAUGUUAUUAAAAAUAAAUAAUAGAAAAAUACAAAACAAAAACAUUAAAUUAAACAAAA